AUGGAACCUCGGCUGCCAUCCAAAUUGGAACCAUUGUCGACAGCUAAUAGCGACCUAGUAGUCUCUUCAAACAGCGACUGGGUUGUACAAAAGUUUGGAGGUACCAGCGUGGGCAAGUUCGCUCUUAAUAUCAUUGAUCAAGUUGUUCUUGUGGCAAUAGUCUGCUCUGCAAGAAGUAGCUCUACCAAAGCUGAAGGGACUACCAAUCGGCUAUUACGCGCGGCGCGGGACGCAGAGAAUGCUGAAUCUAAAAACUACGUCUCCUUCGUUGAGGCGGUCCGAUUGGAACAUGUCGAAGUAGUCGAGAGUCAAAUCAAUUCCAAGAAACUAAAGCUUCAGUUGGUUUCCGAUAUUAACGAUGAAUGUGAAAAGGUUCUGAAGGUCUUGGAGGCUGCUCAGACGCUCGGAGAGAUCAGUGCCCGCUGUGUGGAUAAAGUUAUGAGUACAGGAGAGAAGCUUAGUUGUCGACUUAUGGCAGCUUUCCUCCAGGACCGGGGAGUAGAUUCAGAAUAUGUGGAUUUGGCUGAGAUCGUCGACUUUACUAUCUCAGGCCAGGGUCUCGACCAGGAAUUCUACAACAACCUCGCCAGCACUCUCGGUAAAAAAAUUCAAGCUUGUGAGGGCAGAGUUCCAGUUAUAACUGGGUUCUUUGGGACUAUACCAGGCGGUCUUCUUGAUCAAAUAGGACGGGGAUAUACAGAUCUUUGUGCCGCUCUAGUCGCCGUUGGGAUUUGUGCCAAAGAGCUACAGGUAUGGAAGGAAGUCGACGGAAUAUUCACAGCAGAUCCCCGGAAAGUGCCAACUGCGCGUAUUCUUCCGGCGAUUACACCUGCAGAGGCCUCUGAGCUGACAUUUUAUGGCUCAGAGGUCAUUCAUCCUUUCACCAUGGAACAAGUCAUCCGCGCGAAAAUUCCCAUUCGCAUCAAGAAUGUCAUGAACCCGAAAGGCAAUGGGACUAUCAUUUUCCCUGAUUCUACUUAUGAAUUGGAGAAGAUAGCCCCAGGACAUGACCCUAGAUUGUUCCGUACACGCAGUCCAAGCCUUGUGCAGACGCCGAAGCGUCCUACCGCUGUAACUAUCAAGCACAAAAUUCUCGUGAUCAAUGUCCACUCCAACAAACGCUCCCUGUCGCAUGGGUUCUUUGCUGGCAUCUUUUCUGUCCUUGACCGGUGGAGGCUGUCAAUCGAUCUGAUAUCCACCAGUGAAGUGCAUGUGUCCAUGGCUCUCCAUUCUGAGUCGCCUCUUCUCAACGGGGUUGGCAGGGAUGAAUAUCAAAUCAUUGACGAGGACUUGAAGGGUGCGUUACGCGACCUACAGAAAUAUGGGACGGUCGAUAUAAUUCCAGAGAUGGCCAUUUUGAGCCUUGUUGGUAAACAAAUGAAGAACAUGAUUGGCGUUGCUGGGCGGAUGUUCACAACCCUUGGAGAGAAUAAUGUGAACAUUGAAAUGAUCUCUCAAGGUGCGAGCGAAAUCAAUAUAUCAUGCGUCAUUGAAGAGAGAGACGCAGACCGUGCCCUGAACAUUAUCCAUACGAGCAUGUUCACCUUUCUAGACUAA